CGCCCCUGCGCGGCCGCCGCGGCCCCCGCCUGCCGCCCGCCCCCCGGCCGUCCCUCCCGGCGGCAGGGCUGAGCUGCCCUGCUUUUGGAGUCGCCGCCGUUUCCCCUCCCUUCCCCGGAACCCCCCCUCCCUCUCUCCCUCCCUCCCUCCCUCCCUCCUUCAUCCCUCCCUCCCUCCCUCCUCCAGCAACCAAAGGGAUUUUUUUCCCCUUUCUUUUCUCUCUCUCUCGCUCUCCUUUUUUUUUUCUUUUUUUUUUUCCAAUUUUUCCCUCCUCCUCCUCCUCUUCCUCCCCGCCGCGGAGCUGGAAGCCAGCGUGAAGGAUAAAUAAAAAGCAAAGAGGAAGAGGCUGGGGAAGAAGGGGGGGAAGGAAAGAAGAAGAAGAAAGCGAGCGAGAAAAGAAAGCGAGCGCGGCGGCGAGCCCGAGCCCCAGCCGCGCCGCGCCGCCUCCCCGCGAGCCAGGGAAGAGGGCGGCGGAGGGCAGCCGGGCGCCGGAGAUGGACGACCAGCCGCGGCUGAUGCACACGCACAGCGGCGUGGGGAUGCCGGGCCACCCGGGCCUGUCCCAGCACAUGCAGGAUGGGCCGGGCGGGGCGGAGGGGGAGGCCGGCAGGAAGCAGGACAUCGGAGACAUCUUACAGCAGAUCAUGACCAUCACGGACCAGAGUUUGGACGAGGCGCAGGCCAGGAAACAUGCUUUAAACUGCCACAGGAUGAAGCCAGCCCUCUUUAAUGUCUUGUGUGAAAUCAAAGAAAAAACAGUGCUGAGCAUCCGGGGAGCCCAGGAAGAGGAGCCCACAGACCCCCAGCUGAUGCGGCUAGACAACAUGCUGCUGGCCGAGGGGGUGGCCGGCCCUGAGAAGGGAGGCGGCUCAGCCGCCGCUGCUGCUGCCGCCGCGGCCUCCGGCGGGGCCGGCUCCGACAACUCGGUGGAGCACUCCGACUACCGAGCCAAGCUCUCCCAGAUCCGGCAGAUCUACCACACAGAGCUGGAGAAGUACGAGCAGGCAUGCAAUGAAUUCACCACCCACGUGAUGAACCUGCUGCGUGAACAGAGCCGGACCCGACCGAUCUCGCCGAAGGAGAUAGAGCGAAUGGUGAGCAUCAUCCACCGCAAGUUCAGCUCCAUCCAGAUGCAGUUGAAGCAAAGCACGUGUGAAGCCGUCAUGAUCUUGCGCUCCCGAUUUCUGGACGCGCGGCGGAAGAGACGAAACUUCAACAAGCAGGCUACGGAAAUCCUGAAUGAGUAUUUCUAUUCCCAUCUCAGCAACCCUUACCCCAGUGAGGAAGCCAAAGAAGAGCUAGCCAAGAAAUGCGGCAUCACAGUCUCACAGGUAUCAAACUGGUUUGGAAAUAAGAGAAUCCGGUACAAGAAGAACAUAGGUAAAUUUCAAGAGGAAGCCAAUAUUUAUGCUGCCAAAACGGCUGUCACGGCUACCAAUGUGUCAGCCCAUGGAAGCCAGGCUAACUCACCCUCAACUCCCAAUUCAGCUGGUUCUUCCAGUUCUUUUAACAUGUCAAACUCUGGAGAUUUGUUCAUGAGCGUGCAGUCUCUCAAUGGGGAUUCUUACCAAGGGGCCCAGGUUGGAGCCAACGUGCAGUCACAGGUGGAUACCCUUCGCCAUGUUAUCAGCCAGACAGGAGGAUACAGUGACGGACUCGCAGCAAGUCAGAUGUAUAGUCCGCAGGGCAUCAGUGCUAAUGGAGGUUGGCAAGACGCUACUACCCCGUCGUCGGUGACCUCCCCCACAGAAGGCCCUGGCAGCGUUCACUCUGAUACCUCCAACUGAUCUCCCGGCAACUUGCAUCCCUGGCUGACCCCGGCCCCCGGCGGGGGCGGGAGGGGAGGGGGCCUCUCCGAACACCGCAGCAGUCAGACUGGAGGUGAACCCAAUCAGCACACACACGAAGACUCCUUCUCUUCUCUUCUCUUCGUCGGGAUGCUUUUUUCAGCCAAUCUGGACACUUCUUUAUACUCUCUUCCCUUUCUUUUCUGGGUAGAAGCCACUCUUCCCCGCCUCGCCGCUGCCACAACACCCCCGCCCCUCCCCACACCUUCCCACCGAAGGCUAUUUUGACAGGUAGAAGAAUUGUAAGGAGGAAAAGCAAAAAUCGCCGCCGCAAAAAAAAAAAAAAAACAAAAAAAACACACAAACCAAAAGCAGUGCACGGUCUCGUGCUGGGUUUCUUGUCGAGGAGCCAAAAACGUACCUCAGUCAAGUCUCGCUCCUUCCCUCCCGGGCAGCCCCCCUCCUCCCGUUUCUUGCACGCUACCUCGCAGUAGGAAAACGCCACAUCAGCCCUCUGUCCUGCUGCUCCCUCAUCACCGCCGGUGCUGGGAAUAGCCAGCAGACCGCCCGCCUCCCCGCGCCACAGUUGUGCCGAUGCCUCGGUGAGUUGCCCCCAGGGCAGUGCCGGUUACAGGGCAGAUGAAUGCAACCCUGCUGCACGUAGGAGAAAGAGCCAAGUUCCCCUGCUGUCGCUCCCCUUGACUUUCAAAAGGUACCAGGCCAUUCCCAGACCCGUGGAAAUAGCCAGCCCAUGCUGUCCCCGGCACUGCUCUACCGCAGAUCUCGAACACGUUGGCUUUUCUGAGCUGGAUCAGAUGUGCCGCUCACCCACGUGUGCUUUGCAGGAAAGCCCUGAGAGGGAGAAACUCCCGCAGUUGUGCCCACCGGUAUCCUUCGCUGCGAUACUGCUAGGGACGGGGAGGUGAGGAGGGAAGGAAACAAAGCAGGAGGAGGCAGGUGAGAAAUUAUCAUCACUGAUAACAAAAGCGCUGAGCGCGUCCGCAGUGUUUUACAUGAUCAAGCAUUAAGUAAUGAUUGAUGGGACCCAUGCAGUUUUCUCGCAGCACCUCGGGAGGCCAGCAGUGCAUUUUUUUCUAUCGAGGAAAGCAUCGCAUGGCAUUGGCUUGUGUUUUCGCCUACGGGGCUAUCUGCUGUAGAGCCGAGCAGGCGUCAGGGGCGUACCGGGCCAUGGAAAAGAAGGACAUGGGUUUCCCAAGUGCUGACAGGGCCCAAAGGGGUUGGGGGCCUCCUCUGGCCGUUGCAUUCCCCAAGCCAUGCCAGAGAUGCAGCAGUGCCUGGCACACGUGUGGAGGAGCAACCAUGGCAGCGCGGUCCGUAGUUAGCUCCUAGGAUUGGUAACGACGUCAGGGAAGCCAAGGUUGGAUGCCAGAGGCUGGACGCAGUCCAUGCACAGGGUGAAUGGACUGGGUGCUUUUGGUUACUGUUAAUACAGCAGGUUUGCCCAAGGGGGAAACUCUGUAAGAUGAGUGGAUGUCCCUCUUGGGGAUUUUUUUCAGAUUAAGCUGAUGGUUUCAGUCCUUGGAGUUACUAUGGGAUGUGGCAUCCAAAGUCAUGGGAGAACUCGAGUGAUCCCCUGGCCGGCCAUAGGUCCGCUUUUUGGGUGACUGGUGGUAAGUAGGGUUUCUUGCUGCCAAAACACCCCUUUAAACAGAUGAUGUGGCCUCUCUUUUAAGAGCAGGACAACAAAUUUGUCCCAUGCAAUUGGCCAAGCUUUGCCAUGAGUGAUAGGGCAGGAGGACAUUGGAGUGCAGUAGUUUUGUCUGCAAGUUCUUCCAGCAGGCAAGGAGGCCAAGCCAACCCUCCGUGUGUCCAGGGUAGGGGUUUGCAGGAUCAGGGCCCGGGUUUUGUGCAGAAUCUGUGUGUGUUUAACGGGUAUGGCGCCUUGUGAUGAGCUGUAAUACCUCUUGACCGCAUCUCGUGCUCUCCCAAGCCCAUGGCUCAUGCUCCCUUCUCCACCCUGCCUGCGCCAGCGUCUGCUUCGCCAGCCAUUUCGAGAUCAGAAUAGCACUAGCAGUGCUGAGCGGGAACCGUUCAAAAUUAAAGCUCUGCCAGAAAAAUUUCCACCCUUCCAUUGGAAAAAAUAAUGGAGAUUGGCCCGCAGCCCAGCGCCGAGUGUUUUCGGUCCCAGAAAGGUGAUGUGUUUGCAACCCUGAUACGCUGUGACCUUGCCAAGCUGGGCCAGCAGCGUUACUCACGGGAAGCGGAGGUCAAGCCUGGCUUUCUGUGGGGAAUAACCCCAGAGUGCUCCCAAGCACUUCCUUUGAAAUUUGGGAAUUUCCCCCAAUUAAGAGAAACCUCGAUUCAGUAGAUGUUUUAUCUUCGAGCUGGUGGGGCUCAGAGUAGGGCUUUGAGCACAUUUGAAAGGCAGGCUUCAAAAAUGGCAAAAACUCCCGCUUUUUGUUCACUUUUUACAUCGCUGGCAUUGAAAGACUUUGUGUCCCUCAUUCCCUGAGAAGAUGAGGGCAGGGCAGCUGGAGAGCGCGGCAUCCCAGCUCUGGGGCCACGUGGGCACCGCAUGCCAGGUGGUCCUCAGCAGGCAGACAUGGGUACGUGGAGAGUGAAAAGAGGGUCGUUUCCCACGAGGGCCACCCACGUGUGCUGCCCACCUCCUCCUCACGUGUGGUCACCGCUGCUCCCAACGCGGCCUCCUGACCGUUCCCAUCCCGUGCGCACGCCGAGGCCUCCUUCCCACGCCGCCUUGCAAGGACGCAGAGGUGAGGCCGGGCUCGCGUGUCCCGAGCAGCGGUGCCGGGGCGCUCGGCGGGACGGGGCCUGGCCCGAGCCGGGAAUGCAAUGGUACCUCUUGAAACCGAGCCCUUCGAGUGCUGAGCGCCCGAGCAUCGCGUCCCCCGGCGCCAGCGUCUCUCCGCCCUGCGGUCACUGCCCGGCCCCUGCGCCCCUGCCCUGGGCACCGUGGUGACUUCUUGAUGGUACUUUGCAAAUCACGUUUUCGGUUUCCCGUUUUUUUGUCCCUCCGGUUUGCGUUGUCAUAGCUGGCUGGUCGCUUGCCUUUUUUCUUUGCCUUUUUUUUUCUUUUCUUUUUUCGGUUGUGUUUCUCCUCCCCCUUCCCCUCCCCAAAGUGUUGUGGGUUUUUUCUUCUUCUUUUUUUUUUUGUUCUGCCCAGAAAAACCUGACUUCGAUACCAAAAAAACAAAACGAAACAAAAAAACAAAAAAAACAAACAAAAAACUGCAGAAACUCAAAAAAAAUAAAAAUGAAAAAAACACAAAAAAAACUCGAUGAUUCUUUCAGCUUUAUUAACAUUUUCCAUUGUUUCUUGCGAUUUGUGUCUCGUUCUUUGUAGUAUUGAUGAUAACGAACAUUUGAUAAUGAAUGUUCUUGUAUAUUCAGAUAAAGGAAAAAAAAAACCAAAAACGCAGUCUGAAUUUAAUAGUGUUUAUAAUAAAAAAAUAAAAAAUGACCCUCUUAGCACGCAAAAUUGAACAGGGGGAAGGUCCCAUCCCUGUUCUUUCUGUGGCAACAAGCGCUUCAUUCCUGUAUAGUUUAUAACAUCAAACUACCUACAUUCAUCUUCUUUUUUUUGUUUGUUUUUCCCAUUUUUUUUAAUUUUCUCGCAUUUGUGAAUUAGUUCAAGAAUGCUAGAAAAGUGUAGAGUUGUGCACACUCAUUUCUUAUUACACAAUGUUUAAAAAGUGACAGUAAUUCAUUUUGUAAAACUUAAAAAAAAUGGUUGGAAUAGUGAGCAUUAAUAGGUACAUUCUAACACUUUAUGUUUCUUAACGUUGAGACCCAGAAAUUUCUUUUCUUUUUUUUUUUUUUGGCAUUAUUUUGGGGGAGGGGGGCUUUGAUGAUGAUGGUGAUGAUGAUGACAGAUUUCUUUUCACCUGUCCGAGACAAGGGCCUUGCAGCUUCCUCUCCCCUCUGCUUUUGAGGUGUGUUCGAAGUGAUGUGAAAAGUUACGUUGGCUUUUUUUGGCUGUUUCUCCUGGUUUCUCCUGCCUCCGUGGGGACCCGGCCCCGGAAGAUUCGUCGGUGGCUGCUCUGGGGCCGGGGGGGAGCCGGCGCCUCCAGAGCGGCCGAGGGGCUUUAGGGGGGAGCCGGGUCCUGAGCCUGCGGUCCCGGUGCCUCGGGCCGGGGGGAUGCUCGGAUGCUGAAGGGGGCUGAUGGCACGAGUGCUCCCCGAAUCCCUUGGGCUCUGCCCCAAACCCUGGCCAAGCGGCUGCCCCGAGUUUCCCCGCUGAAGCAGGGCGUCCGGCCCCGAAACGAGGGGAGCACCGCGAGCCCGAAGCGUGCCCCGAGCCGCGGGACGGGAUCUGGCCAGCGCCGUGCUGCCCGCGGCCCCCACGCCCAGGCACACGGCCGAGACGCCCCCGCUGCCUCCGGAAAGCUGCAUGGCGGGGCGCGAGGAGAAGCGCUGAGAAAGGAGCUGAGUGGGAUCAUUUUAUUUUUUUAACCAUAUUUUCCCUUCCCCCCCCCCCAAAAAACAACUUUUCACAUCACUAAUCAGUUUAGGGUUUGGGGUGUUAUUUUUAAUCCCAAGGCUACCUGGAGUCCUUUUGUUUUCAUACACCUUUAUUAUUAUUAUUAUUAUUAUUAUUAUUAUUGUUAAAACAAUGUAAAUCAGACGUUGCCUGGGGGGUUGGUUUUGUUGGUUUGCUUUUUUGUUCUUGCAAAUCCCUUGUAAAGAUGAUCCAGUUGUUCUGAGUUGCUUUUUCUUUUCUCUUCCCCCCCCCCCCUUUUUUUUCUCUUCCUAUUGGAUUCCAAAUAUUAAAAAAAAAAAAAAUCCCUAAAAAAAGACUCUCUGUUCUGACCUGGUUUUGAAACUUUAAGCUUUUCUGCUUCUGUAAAGAAAAAAAAAAGGCCU